AUGGCGGACGGACUAGGAGCCGACCAAAAUGGAACCUGGAGUUCUCCAGCUGUCAACAGCGAAAGUGGACCCGAUCCAGACAGUCCAACGGGCGGUCACGUGGAGUGGUGUAAACAGCUGAUUGCGGCCACGUUAUCCAGUCACAUCUCUGCAAAUUGUGACAUCAACAAGGAUCCUGCGGACGAGAGGCUCCGUUGCCACGGAGACGGAGACUCCGAGCAUCCCUCCUCUGCUUUGGCAAGUAGCUUUCCGAGACCGAAAAUGACGGAAAAAACCAAUGGAGUUCCUCUCCUGCCGGGGGAAAACAUCCAAAUGACGAUGGAGGACGUGACGUACGUUUGUCCCUAUAGCGGUUUGCUGAACGGAACUCUUACCAUCACUGAUUAUAAACUCUACUUCAGCAGCACUGUAAGGGGAUCUCCGUUUGUUCUGGCUGUCAACUUGGGCGUCAUCAGCCGCCUGGAGACAGUAGGCAUCCCAGACGGAGGCGAGAACACUGAGGGACUGGAGCUGGUCUGCAAGGACCUGAGGAGUCUGAAGUUCGCAUACAAGACGGGGAUGGUCGGCACGGAUGUGGCGAGGACUCUGUCGUCGCGAGCUUUCCCGCUGUCCAACGAAAUGACCUUAUUCGCCUUCCGCUACGAGCAACGCUUUCCCGCAGAUGGCUGGAAGGUGUACGACCCACUGGCUGAGUGGCGAAGACAGGGUCUCCCCAAUGAGUCCUGGACUGUCAGCCGCCUGAACGCAUCCUACCAGCUGUGUGACACAUACCCUUCCUUACUGGUCGUCCCCACCAACAUCUCGGAUGAGGACAUUAAGCGGGCGGCGGGCUUCCGGGCCAAGCGCCGCAUUCCGACGCUGUCUUGGAUCCACCCCGAGUCGCAGGCGGCCCUGGUGCGUUGUGGCCAACCUCUGGUGGGCCCGACAGACCGCCGCUGCAAAGAGGACGAGCGCCUCCUUCAGCUUAUCAUGGACGCUAACGCGCAGGCCCACAAGCUCUGCAUCUUCGACGCCAGACAUUACAGCGUCGCGCGGAGCAACAAAGAAAAGGACGGCGGCUACGAAAAUGAAAGCUUUUACACUAAUGUGGAGCUCAGCUUCCUGGAGAUCCCUAACAUCCACGUGAUGCGCGAGUCCCUCAGGAAGUUGAAGGACGUGCUAUACCCCACCAUCGACCAAGCGCACUGGCACUCCAACAUUGAGCGCACCCAUUGGCUGGAGUAUAUAGGGCUCCUGCUAUGCGGAGCAUCCCAGAUAGCUUCCAAGUUGGAGGGCGCGCAGACGUCGGUGGUGGUCCACUGCAGCGACGGUUGGGACAGGACUGCUCAGCUGACGUCUCUGGCCAUGCUCAUGUUGGAUUCCCACUACCGGACGCUUCAAGGUUUCCAGGUUCUGGUGGAGAAGGAAUGGAUCAGCUUCGGACACAAGUUUGCUGCUCGCGUAGGCCACGGCGAAGAUGACCACGGCAACUCUGAGCGCUCUCCUCUCUUCGUUCAAUUCGUGGACUGCGUGUGGCAGAUGACCCGCCAGUUCCCGGCGGCCUUCGAGUUCAAUGAGCUUUUCCUGCUCACACUGCUGGACCACCUAUACAGUUGCCUCUUCGGAACCUUUCUGUGCAACUCUGAAGAGGAGCGUGCCGCCCAGGAAAUCCCGACAAGGACAGCGUCCCUGUGGUCCUACGUCAACAGCCAGUUUGACGAUUUCCGCAACCCUCUCUACGUGAAUGAGCGCCACCGAGCGCUCUACCCUUUGGCUACCCUCCGGCAUCUGGAGCUGUGGACCGCCUACUACGCGCGAUGGAACCCACGCAUGAGACCGCAGGUGCCGCAGCAUCAGACGUUAAAGGAUCUGCUGCUACUGCGGGCCCAACUGGAACGCAGAGUGGACGAGCUGCGCAGAGAGGUUGAGGCAAACUCGCCAAAGUCCUCGCCGGAGCGUGCCAACACUGCUACCACCGCGCUGAGCGCCGUGGUCUGA